GGGGUAGGGGAAGGAGGGAAUGCGGGAGGGGGAGGGGGAGGGAGUUUAACUGGGGGUACAGAAGGAGGAGAAAUGGGGGAGAGGGAGGAGGAAGAGAGGGAUGCUGUUUUUUACCGGCUCGAGAUGUUGGGGUAUAGGGUUGGGCAGGGCUUGGUUGAACGGUUUUCGAAAGAUAGACCCCGGUUUACGGAUACGCUGGAUGUUAUCAAGUUCCUGUGUAAAGAUCUCUGGAUGCUAGUUUUUCAGAAACAGAUUGAUAAUCUGAAGACGAAUCAUAGGGGAGUAUAUGUCCUCACAGACGCACAAUUCAAGCCUUUGAAAAGACUCAGUGCCGUUGCAGGGGGCGGGGGCGUGGUUAAAGCUCAACCGUUCCUAUGGUUCCCAUGCGGCAUUAUCAGGGGCGCGUUGGCUAGUAUGGGCAUUAACGCUACGGUGCAAGCGGAGACGGCUGAUGGGUUUGUGGCGACGUUUCAGAUUAAGAGUGUUGCUGUGAAGUGA